UUAUUUUCAUCCAAACAGUGCGGCGCACACACAACGUGCGGAUAUCUGCUGCGCAUGCGAGUGGCAAGCUCACACAAGCAGAAAAGUUGUAUCCUGUACAGUUUCCUACGAGUGCAAUGUGCGUGUGUGUUGGAGGGAAACUGAUUCUGCAGCAGUGACUGACUGUGACUGAGCGAGCGAGCGUCGUUUCAUUACCGCCCAGAGGAGAAGCCAGCGACUCCACACGAGAGUCUGCAAGCCACUGACCAACGGGCAACCCAGGGUUGUAAAACAAACCCUCCGGCCAGUUGCAGGACUGUCACAGCUAGUGAAAACAACGCAGGAGCUGCACAGCUAACCUGAAAUGGCGACGGCAAUAUACUUGGAACAUUACCUUGACAGUAUUGAAAACCUGCCAUGUGAGCUUCAGAGAAAUUUUACUUUGAUGCGGGACCUAGACAACAGGACUGAAGAAAAGAAAGUAGAGAUCGACAAACUGGCUGAAGAGUACAUUGCUACUGUGAAGAACCUGGCCUCAGAGCAGAGAGUGGAACACCUGCAGAAGAUCCAAAAUGCCUACAGCAAGUGCAAAGAGUUCAGUGAUGACAAAGUCCAGCUCGCAAUGCAGACGUAUGAAAUGGUGGACAAACAUAUCCGCAGACUGGAUGCAGAUCUGGCGCGGUUCGAGAAUGAGCUGAAGGAGAAAUUGGAAUUGAGCGGCUACGAAAGUGCAGAGGCAAGAGGAGUGAAAAAGGGUGAGACCAGGGGGCUGAGGGAGAAGCGUGGAUCCAGGGGAAGAGGACGGAAAGGUUCUGAUGAAGAGUCUCCUAAGAAGAAGAAGAUGAAAAACAGCCCAGACUUGAGUGAUGCUCUCCUGCCUAUGCAACCAUCAGAUGUUUUGGACAUGCCAGUUGAUCCCAAUGAGCCUACAUACUGCCUGUGCCAUCAGGUUUCAUAUGGAGAGAUGAUUGGAUGCGAUAACCCGGAUUGUCCGAUUGAGUGGUUCCACUUUGCUUGUGUUGAUCUCGCCACAAAACCCAAAGGGAAAUGGUUUUGUCCGAGGUGCACCCAAGACAAGAAGAAGAAAUGAGAUUUAUUACUUUCAGAAGUACUUACCGAAUGAUGUAUGUAUUUUUGGUGUAGUUUAAUAGUGUUAUACAUCUAUACAUAUUUCAGUUCCUAUAACUCUCCAUAGAAAUGGCGGGUCAUAAAGCUAUUUUAAAGGCCUAAUCUGGAUUUGGAGUAUAGCUACACUUGUGGCACCAUUAGAUCCCCUCUAUAGAUGUUUAUGCCUGUGUCAUUGGAUUUAAGACGUUGUCUUAAUAGCUUUAAUAUAUUUAAUUAAUCUACAUUGUAUUUCUGUAAUCUGGGUAAAUUAGUCUGGGCAAGUGGGGUUUAAAAAAAAUGCACAAAUUCUUACCAAUCAGAAAGUCCUUCCUCUCAAAGUCAUAUAGUGUAUAUAUUAUUACUAACAUACUCAGAAAUCUUGGAUUGUGGCUUUAGCAUACUUGAAAUAUCAAUUUUAUAAAGAUCUAUUUUUUAAACAAUUUAAAUAAAUAGCCUGCUGAGAAUUUACAAUUUAAAACACCUGGGUCCUUACCAAGCUUUGGUGGUAAAAGGAAUUGUGUAUCAGAUUUUCAUUUACCUACCUCCUUAGGGAAUACAUCAACACUGCAUAAAUGACUGCAAAUGAUACCAGUGUGAAAACCUGUUUUGAUCAGUGUGAACCAAACAAGCAAAGCAAUGUCGAUUUAUUUUUAUUUUUUUUUUAGAAAAAUACCUGCGACAUAUUUGAAUGUAUUGUGGUACUAAUGGUCAGUCAGUCAGUGUCUCUUGUCAACUGAAAGAGGUAUUUAAGCACUUUGAAUGAAAUUUACCCCUUAAGUGGUUUGAUAAGGCAGGCUCGGUUUUAUGAUAUAGUUUAUCUCAUUUAAAACUCUCUCACUUUAAACCAUAUGGAAAUAUAUAUAUAUAUGUUUUGUAUGAUAUGAAACAAUAUUUUGUGGACACAUUUUUUUCCAAAGAUAUCUGUUGUAUCGCUUACAUAUUGGUGUGCACUCAAAUUUUAUUUAAUAGGAUUAUAGCCUCUUCUUUUGUAUUCAACUGUGAAUAUCACUCAUUUAGGUGUAAGCCACAAAUAAAAGAGCCAAAGUCUUUGUAUUUUGUAAAUUCAGUAUUUUAUAACAAAUAAAUAUUCACUGUUAAUAAUG